AGCUGCUGCUGGCUCUGUUGCUGCCAGAGUAUCUGUAUCUGUGGCGCGUCAUUGUUGUGCGUUGCCGUUGCCAUCGUAACCGUCGCCGUCGCCGUCGCCGUCAUCGCCGUCAUCGCCGUCGUCGCCGUCGUCGUCCAUCGCAUAGUAGGCAGCUCAGUUACAAGACCAUUAUUUGACGUAUUUUUUGUGCGCUCGGUUGUACGUUUGGUUGGUCGCUCGCCCUGGUUAUAUCCAUAGCACGCCCCAGCUUGGACUCAGUGCGAACGCAAUCCGGAUUUGGAUCAGCAGCCGCCGCAGCCGCAGCCAGUUGCACAUUCGUUGUUGUCGGUCGGGUAUCGCGGGCAUCAAGGAUUCCCCAAAGCGUCGCGCGUGAACGAUCCUCCAAUAUGCCCAGCUAAUCACUCAAAAAAAAAACGUGCUAAGCAGAAAUAAAUCUAUAUAAAAUAUAUAGAGAGAGAGAGUUUAUACGCCCGAUCUAGUGACUGUGAUCGUUAUAGAUAUAUAUAAAUACAAAUUGUGUGUGUGUGUUUAAAUUGAGUACUCGCUGCAAAAUUGAUUCGCUUUGGUUGGGAAUAGUAUGCGAAUUAGUUCACAGUGGAUUCAACGCAUAAAAUGGCCGUUGGACCGACGGAGGGCAAACAGCCGCCCUCAGAGACAUUCUCGCCCACACACCAUCAGAUUAUAGCACCCAGUCCGAUAUUGGCGGUGCCGACGCUCGCCUUCUCCGCCGCCCAGGUGGAGAUCGUAUGCAAGACUCUGGAAGAUUCGGGCGAUAUCGAGCGUCUGGCACGUUUCCUAUGGAGUUUGCCAGUGGCAUUGCCCAACAUGCACGAGAUACUCAACUGCGAGGCGGUGCUCCGGGCCCGGGCAGUUGUCGCCUAUCAUGUCGGUAACUUCAGGGAACUAUAUGCAAUAAUAGAGAAUCAUAAAUUUACAAAAGCAUCCUAUGGCAAGCUGCAGGCCAUGUGGCUCGAGGCGCACUACAUUGAGGCCGAAAAGCUGCGCGGCCGCUCGCUGGGUCCCGUUGACAAGUAUCGUGUACGCAAAAAGUUUCCGCUGCCGCCGACCAUUUGGGAUGGCGAGCAGAAGACGCACUGUUUCAAGGAGCGCACGAGAAGCCUGCUGCGCGAAUGGUACCUACAGGAUCCCUAUCCGAAUCCAACCAAGAAACGCGAACUGGCCAAGGCCACCGGCCUGAAUCCCACGCAAGUGGGCAAUUGGUUUAAGAAUCGCCGUCAACGAGAUCGUGCCGCUGCUGCCAAGAAUCGCAUUCAGCACAACCAGAACAACUCGGGCAUGGGCUGCCGCAGCCGUCGGGCGGAUGGCGCCGCCUCGCCCACGCCCUCGGACAGCUCGGAUUCGGAUAUAUCGCUGGGCACGCACUCGCCGGUGCCGAGCAGCCUGCAGCUGCAGCACAGUCCGGGCAGCAUGUCGAACGGCGCCAACGAGGAGAGCCUCAGCGUGGACGACGAUAAGCCGCGGGACUUGAGCAGCGCGUUGCCCUCGCCCACCCCGCCGCAGCUGCCGUCGGCCUAUGGAGCUGGAGCUGGAGCUGGCGGGCUGCCGGCGGGCUGUUUGCCGCCGUUCAAGCUGGAUGCGGCCAGCAGUCUGUUCAAUGCCGGAUGCUACCUGCAAAGCUUUAGCAACCUGAAGGAGAUGUCCCAGCAGUUCCCCAUACAGCCGAUUGUCAUCAGGCCGCAUCCGCAGCUGCCGCAGCCGCUGGCGCUUAACGGCAGCGCAGCCGGUGCGCCGCAUCUGCAUCAUCCGGCCUAUGCGGCCGCCUACAGUGUCGAAUGCGGCGUGGUGGCACCUCCGCCGCCGCCGCCCAAGCUGCGCAUCAACUCGCCCGAGAAACUCAACUCGACGGCGGUGGCAGCCGCAGCGGCGGCCGUGGCCGCCUGUGCUGGAGCGGCACACGAGAUCAGCAGCAGCAAUACCAACACGAGCACGAGCACGACCACGACGACAAUGACGGGCUAUCAUCACAGCGCCCAGCUGCUGCUGCACAGGCCGUUCUCCACGUCGCCCGAGCUGAAGCAUAGCGCGCCCGAGAUUACAUGAUAUCAGAGGGUUUGAGGCGUUGGCCUUGCCCCGAGGGUUUCCCCGCACAGUCCCUGCCCCAGCUCCUGCUCCUGCUCCUGCUCCUGCUCCUGCUCCUGCUCCCGCUCCCGCUCCGACCGCGCCCACUUGCACUAAGGCCCAGCUAUUCGAAUUGUUUCAAUUUUUAGUUUAAGUCAAAUGCGUCGUUUAAGCCCUUAAACCUUCGGGCAGCUCGAGCGCCCGAAAGCAAUAACAGCAAAAGCAACAACAAUCGCAGCCAACUUCAUGUCAGAUCCUGCAUCCUGUCAAGGGCUGUUUCCUAACACAUAUAUGCAGCUAAGGAGAUAUCGAAAUAUAUAUAUUGAUAUAAAUAUAUAUAUAUAUAUACAUACUAUAUAUAUAUUAAACAUCGUCGCACACUUUUCAAAGAUAGUUAUUUAAGAUUUACGCAUACGAUAAAAAUCAAAUUGGGAAACUGACAAAAAAAAAACAGCUAAAACAAAACAAAAAAACAACUGAAAAUUUCAACAAGUUUUUCAUUCUAAUUUCUGUGUGUGUACGUACU